GGGCGGGCCUUGCGUGCAUUUCUAGUCUGCGGGGCGUCUGUCCUGGCUCCGGGAUGUUGGAGACUGAGCGACUUGUGCUGCCUCCCCCCGACCCCCUGAAUCUGCCCCUUCGGACCGUGGAACUGGGAUGCACAGGGCGUUGGGAGCUGCUGAACGUGCCUGGGACUCCAGAGAGCACCGUGACUUCCCAUGGCCUUCCUCCCUGUGCCCCAGAUCUGCAGCAAGAAGCAGAACAGUUGUUUCUGUCCUCUCCAGCCUGGUUGCCACUGCAUGGUGUGGAGCACUCAGCUCGAAAAUGGCAGAGGAAGACAGCCUGGUCACUUCUGUUUGCGCUGGGGGCUCGUCCAUCCGACCUUCAGGCCCAAAGACACCCAACAACAGGCCAGAUACUGGGCUAUAAGGAGGUCCUGCUGGAGAACACAAACCUGUCAGCCACAACCUCCUUGUCUCUUCGCCGGCCUCCAGCGCCAGUCUCCCAGUCUCUAUGGGGGAAUCCAACACAGUACCCUUUCUGGCCAGGUGGGAUGGAUGAACCCACCAUAACAGAUCUGAGCACUCGUGAGGAGGCUGAGGAGGAGAUAGACUUUGAGAAAGAUCUUCUCACUGUUCCCCCACCUGGCUUCAAGAAAGGCAUGAACUUUGCCCCCAAGGAUCACCCAGCUCUAGCUCCUGGGCUACUCAGCCUCAGCCGUCUACUGGAGCCUCUAGACUUGGGAGUGGGUGAUGAGGACGAGGUUGAGGCAAUGGGACAGUCAGAGGGUCCCGGAGGAGACAGUGUUUUCAGCUUCUCCCCUGCGUGCUCCCCUGCCCGGGCAAGCAGCUUUGAGGACCUAGUGUUAAAGGAAGCAUCCACAGUCAUAUCGCCCCCAGAGCCUCCCAAACCUCUACCUCAGGAGCAGAAGCCUUGUACCUUCCAGACCAGUGUUGGUCCUGAGGCCCAGCCUCACCCCACUCUGAACUUUGUCCCUUUCUCCUUGGCUUUUGAGCCAGAUGUGUUUCAGAAACAAGCCAUCCUGCACUUGGAACAGCAUGAUUCUGUCUUUGUAGCAGCUCACACAUGCGGGAAGACAGUUGUGGCUGAAUAUGCUAUUGCUCUGGCCCAGAAACACAGGACUCGCACCAUCUACACUUCUCCUAUCAAGGCCUUGAGCAACCAAUUCAGGGACUUCAGAAACACAUUUGGGGAUGUGGGACUGCUGACUGGGGAUGUGCAGCUGCACCCAGAGGCCUCCUGCCUCAUCAUGACGACAGAGAUCCUUCGCUCCAUGCUGUACAGUGGCUCCGAUGUUAUUCGGGAUCUGGAGUGGGUCAUCUUUGAUGAGGUUCACUAUAUUAAUGAUGCAGAGCGUGGGGUCGUGUGGGAGGAGGUGCUCAUCAUGCUCCCCGACCAUGUCUCCAUCAUCCUUCUGAGUGCUACUGUCCUAAUGCCCUGGAGUUUUGCUGACUGGAUUGGGAGACUGAAGCGUCGACAGAUCUAUGUGAACAGCACUGUUGCCCGCCCUGUGCCCCUGGAGCACUAUCUCUUCACAGGGAAUAGCCCCAAGACCCAGGGGGAGCUCUUUCUGCUGCUGGACUCUCGAGGGGCCUUCCAUACCAAGGGGUACUAUGCAGCUGUAGAGGCCAAGAAGGAGAGAAUGAGCAAACAUGCCCAGACCUUUGGGGCCAAGCAGCCCACCACACAGGGGGGGCCCGCACAGGACCGCGGGGUAUACCUGUCCCUCCUGACCUCCCUCCGCACCCCCCAGCUGCCUGUGGUAGUGUUCACCUUCUCCCGGGGCCGUUGUGAUGAGCAGGCCUCAGGUCUCACCUCACUUGACCUUACCACGAGUUCAGAGAAGAGUGAGAUUCACCUCUUCUGCAGCGCUGCCCUCGCUCGUCUCAGGGGCUCUGACCGCCAACUCCCCCAGGUCCUGCACAUGUCUGAACUCCUGCACCGUGGCCUAGGUGUACACCACAGUGGCAUCCUACCCAUUCUCAAGGAGAUUGUGGAGAUGCUCUUUAGCCGUGGCCUGGUCAAGGUUCUUGUUGCCACAGAGACCUUUGCCAUGGGUGUAAACAUGCCAGCACGUACAGUGGUGUUUGACUCCAUGCGCAAGCAUGAUGGCUCCACCUUCCGGGACCUUCUACCUGGGGAGUAUGUACAGAUGGCUGGCCGGGCAGGCCGGAGGGGCUUGGACCCCACAGGCACUGUCAUCCUUCUCUGCAAGGGACGUGUGCCUGAGAUGGCAGAUCUGCACCGCAUGAUGAUGGGGAAGCCAUCCCAGCUGCAGUCCCAGUUCCGCCAAUACACUAUGAUCCUCAACCUGCUUCGGGUAGAUGCCCUCAGGGUGGAGGACAUGAUGAAGAGGAGCUUCUCUGAGUUUCCAUCCCGUAAGGAUAGCAAGGCCCACGAACAGGCUCUGGCUGAACUAACCAAGAGGCUGGGUGCCUUGGAGGAGCCUGAUACUACUGGCCAAUUGGUGGACCUACCAGAGUAUUAUAGCUGGGAGGAACUGACAGAGACUCGGAACAUGAUCCAGCAACGCAUCAUAGAGUCUGUGAAUGGGCUGAAAUCUCUCUCGGCAGGAAGGGUGGUGGUUGUGAAGACGGAGCAUCACAAUGCACUGGGUGUGAUCUGUCAGGUCUCCUCAAACUCCACCAGCAGAAUCUUCACAACCCCUGGUCUUGUGUGAUAACCUUUGUCUGAGGACCCACAGGACAAGGAUCCAGCCACUCCAGAUGUGCCCUACCCUGAUGACCUUGUGGGCUUCAAGCUGUUCCUGCCUGAAGGGCCCUGUGACCAUACUGUGGCCAAGCUUCAGCCAGGAGAUGUGGCUGCCAUCACCACCAAGGUGCUCCGGGUGAAUGGUGAGAAGAUCUUGGAGGACUUCAGCAAGAGGCAGCAACCAAAAUUCAGGAAGGAUCCUCCACUUGCAGCUGUGACCACUGCUGUCCAGGAAUUGCUGCGUCUAGCUCAAGCCUACCCAGCAGGACCUCCCACCCUUGAUCCUGUCAAUGACUUGCAGCUCAAGGAUGUGUUGGUGGUAGAGGGUGGGCUCCGGGCCCGGAAGCUGGAAGAGCUGAUCCGGGGAGCCCAGUGUGUACACAGCCCCCGUUUUUCUGCCCAGUACCUGAAGCUGAGGGAACGAAUGCAGAUUCAGAAGGAGAUGGAGCGGCUGCGCUUCCUACUGUCAGACCAGUCACUGCUGCUGCUCCCUGAGUACCAUCAGCGAGUAGAGGUACUCCGAACCCUGGGUUACGUGGACCAGGCAGGCACCGUGAAGUUGGCAGGGCGGGUGGCUUGUGCCAUGAGCAGCCACGAAUUACUCCUCACUGAGCUCAUGUUUGACAAUGCACUGAGUGCCCUGCGGCCCGAGGAGAUUGCAGCCCUGCUUUCUGGCCUGGUCUGCCAGAGUCCUGGGGACCCUGGGGAUCAGCUUCCAAGUACCCUUAAGCAGGGAGUAGAACGUGUCCGUGCUGUGGCAAAGAGGAUUGGUGAGGUCCAGGUGGCCUGUGGUCUGAACCAGACAGUGGAGGAAUUUGUGGGGGAACUGAAUUUUGGGCUGGUUGAGGUUGUGUACGAGUGGGCCCGGGGCAUGCCCUUCUCCGAGUUGGCAGGGCUUUCGGGGACCCCGGAAGGCCUGGUGGUCCGCUGUAUCCAGCGCCUGGCUGAGAUGUGUCGCUCACUGCGAGGGGCAGCCCGCCUGGUAGGGGAGCCUGUGCUGGGCGCCAAGAUGGAGACAGCAGCUACCCUGUUGCGACGGGAUAUUGUCUUUGCAGCUAGCCUUUACACCCAGUGAAUGACACCUGGGUAGAAGUGGAAUAAUAAAAUAUUAAACCACCA